AUGAGUCGAUUGGUAAUGUACUUUCUGCACUGCUGCUCUGGGAUCUUAGUGUUGGCUGUCUUGUCUUCGGCCCAGUUCACAUCGCAAACUUAUCCAGAUCCACGAGUCGACCCAUUCAGCUGUAAAACACCAACGACUGGACCGGUCUGUGAUCCUAGUGAGCUGCUCACAUUCGAUGAGAAGAAAGCUCUUGCGGGAAGAAUUAAUCAGCUUUUCCCAGGCAAAAGUCUCGACAUAAUUGUUGAUGUUAUCGACAAAAUUGGCACUGUGCCCACUGCACCUGUGGACAUCGAAAAAUUUGCGAAUAAUUUAAAAAGUCGUUAUCAGCAUUUCCAGGACGUGAGUUUAUGCGAUGUGAUGGUACUAAUUGUUAAUUCAAAAAGCGACCGGCAAGUAUUCACAGUGGCCGGAAAAGAUACGAAAUUAACAAAGGAGGUGCUGAAAGCUGCAUUUGAACAGAAUAUCAAUCAUUUCAGGGUAAUUUUUCCACAAAAUUCAAAAAAUUCAUAA